AUGUCCUGUGAAUGCUGCUGCGGGCUGGCGAAGCUUCUGGCAGGGGUAGAUGUCAGGUUUUUGCUUGGGCUUCGGAAACACAAGUGGCCCAUCAACGAGUGGAAUGCGCAGUAUGAGGAAGAUGCGGUCGAUCCGGAGAUUGAAGUUUUGGAUGCGCACCAUCACUUGUUCGACUUCAAGAACCACGACAAAGGAUUGCCUGUUCCCAAGUGGGUCGUGAAGCUCUCGUACCUUCAGUACGACGCAGAUUCGAUGGCAAACCUCGAGAAACAGGAUCCCAAGCUCAUCCACUCCUUCGGCACUCGGCUGCCCCUCCUCACCCCAUACAUGGGGGAGGAGCUCAUGAAAGACAUCGAGGGCAAUGGCAGAGGUCACAAGGUGGUGGGCACCAUCUACAUGGAGUGCGGCUGGAAGACCCCUGGUGUGGAGGAGUGUAUGGAGCCAGUUGGUGAGGCAGCAAUGGUCUCGGAGGUUCAUGCGAAGCACCCGCUGCUGUGCAAGGGAAUGGUUUGCUUUGCAGACCUUCGGCUGGGAAAGGCUGUGGAGCCUGCUCUGAUCCACUACAAGAAGAACCCUUUGGUGAAAGGUAUCCGGCACGGCCUUGCGUACACCGGCCACCCGCUCAUAGCUGAUGCGGCGCACUGCGAUGCGAACACAGCGUCCGACCCCAAGUUUCGCGAGGGCUUUGGCCUGCUCGCGAAGUACGGGUUCGUUUUCGACAGUUGGCUCUUCCACCCUCAGAUCGCUCCGCUGACGGAUCUGGCCGAGGCAUUCCCAGAGACCACCAUCGUGUGCGACCACAUGGGCUAUCCGCUGGGAUUAAUAGAUUACAAGUUGGAGGAGGUCUUCCCCGAAUGGAAAAAGCUGAUGGCGCGGCUUGCAAAGUGCCCGAAUGUGAUGGUAAAGAUUGGCGGCUUCGGCAUGCGCUGGAUGAACUUCGGAUUCGACGAGAGGCCCAAGCCUGCUAGCAGCGACGAGAUCGCUGCCGCGUGGAAGCCCUAUGUCCUCCACUGCCUCGAGGCCUUUGGUGUGGACCGGUGCAUGAUGGAGUCCAAUUUUCCGAUGGACAAGAUCUCUUGCAAUUACACGGUCUGCUUCAAUGCCCUGAAGAAAUGUGUUCGAGGAUACUCCCUGGAAGAUCGCCGCAAGCUUUUCGAGGGCAACGUUUCGCAGCCCACGCAGGGUGGGCUGAGCAAUGUCGUGAAGUUGGUGGUGAAAACCUUCCUUGAGGAGAGACACUACCGCGAACUUCACAGGAUCCUAUCGGCCCAGUGGGGCGGCGCGCACUCCCUCAGUGCCGUAGUGAAGCUCAUGGAGGCACACGGCAUGAAGGUCACGCCAGAGGAGGAGGAACGGCUGGCUGCACUUCCAGAGGACAAGAUGAUCGAUGCCCUGGUCAUGCGGAUGCCAAACCAAAGCCGAGAGCAGUACGAGCACUUCUUCCUGCAGCUGUCCUUCAUUGCCUCUACGACGACGCGUCUCAGAGGAGCCUUGGAGUGCGGCAACCCUGACGUGGUUGAAGAAGCCUUGGACAGUGCAGAGAACGUCGGAGUCUUGCAAUACCUACUCCGGAUGGCGGUUUCGCAAGCAGGGGGCGAGGUCACGACCAUCGCGGACCUUCAUGAUCAGUGGCUGUCGGACACGGAGAAGCGGAUGAUGCCUCUUCUGCAGGCGCAGGCCACGUCCAUGGCCACGCAGAAAGCUCUUGCACAAGCACGAGCCCUCAUAGGCGGCUACAUGAACUUCGCGAAGGACACUGCCCAAGCCUUCCUGACCAGAGCUGUGAACUCCAGCGAGGAGGCGCACGUGGCCUUAGCCUUCCUAGGCUGGAAAGAGCACCUCAAGUGGCAGCAGCACGAAGCGGAGCUUCGCCGAGAUGGCGAGGCCAAAGUGGCGGACGCCGCGAAGAGGUUGCAGGACUACAAAGAUUCGCAGCUCCACCACGUCCACACCGUGGUGAACAGCGGCAUCAAGGACAAGGACAUGGCCCUUCUUGGCUCCUGCUUUGCGGCGAUGCUCUCGGAGGCGACCGCAAGCAAGGAUUUCAAGUCCACGGCCAGCGAGGUCGAGGAGCUUCAGAAGAAGCUGCGGGGUUUCUCCGACACAGCGGCGCUGAAGGCCAAGCGGGUUCUCAGCCGCAUGACGGACGAAGCCACAGCCGGGCUUCAGGCUUUCGCCUUCAAGGCUUGGAUUGACUUCAAGUUCUCGGAGAAGCAGGAGCGGGAAACCAACGUUGCCAUCAAGGCCUCGAAGGAUAAGUUCGCCAGUUUCACCGCGAAGCAAGCGGCCGGAGCCAAGGCCGUUCUGCAGAGGAUGUGCGGAUCCAACGACACCAGUCUCCUUCAGAUGUCGAUUCAGACCUGGCGAGAGGCUCUGGUGGAAGAGCGGCAGGCAGCCGAGGUGGCGGAGGCAACGGCGACCAAAGCUGUGGCUGUCAAGGGCUUCGUGAGAAGGAACAAGGAGGCAGCAAUGGCGGCCAGCUUACGCGCGGCGUACUGGCAGGAGCUGGAGGUGCAGACCUACCUGUUUUGCAUGUGGAAGCGCGAGACCAAAGUGGAGCGCAUGCGCCGGUACGGCAAGGAGAAGAACGAGCGAAGAAAGAAGGACGCGUGA